AUGGCAAGAAGUUAUUGGGACAUCAAUUUGGAAGAGAUGAUAGGAGUUGGGGUUCAUUUUGGUCAUGGUACUAGGAAAUGGAUUCCUAGAAUGGCACCUUAUAUCUCUGGAAAGCGUAAAGGCAUUCAUAUUACAAAUCUUACUAGAACUGCUUGUUCUUUAUCAGAAACCUGUGAUUUAGUUUUUGAUGCAGCAAGUAGAGGAAAGCACUUCUUAAUAGUAGGUACGAAAGAUAAAGCAGUUGAUUCAGUAGCAUCAGCUACAAUAAGGGCUCGGUGUCAUUAUGUUAAUAAAAAAUGGCUUGGUGAUAAUCGAAAUCAGACAAUCUUCAGUACAAUUCGCAAUUCAGAAGAACUACGUGGGGGAGCCAUUGAGCAGCUUGAAAAGGCCCGAGCUCGCUUACGGAAAUUGGAAAUUGAAGCAGAAAAUUACAAAAAUGAAAGCAUUCAUUUUGAACAACAAAGAGCGAGGAAUAAGGUCCGACAACGAGUUUUCCAACAAGCCUUGCAAGGAGCUCUAGAAACUCUGAAUAGUUAUUUGAACAACGAGUUACAUUUACGCACCAUCAGUGCUAACAUUGGCAUGCUCGGGACCAUGAAGAUAUAA